AUGCAGCAAGAAGUUGCUUUUGUAUUGAACUGGGAUGAACUUGAUGAGAUACGCUACAAGUCGCAGGAUAACUGUCAGUCGGGCUCGCGCCCGACUUGUCACCGACCACGCGAGCCUCGUGUGCUGCGGCGUUCGGAUCAGCGAUCCGAGGCCGCGACAAACCGUGAUACCACCCCUUGCUCUUGGACCUUGCCACGACGUCCACAGUACGACAUGGAUUGGUAUAAGGAGCUUGCCAGCCUGCCAACAUUCUCAAGCGCCGAAUUCCUCCCGGGUCAAGCGAUCUCGGUCACUUCAUCGACACAGGACUUCACUCGCAACACCAAACGCACGGCCGCGCGUACCAUCUUUCCGCUUCCAGAUGGAGGCAUCGCGUCGGGGCCCACCCUGGAUAUAUCGCCCGAAGUGAAGCUCAGCUAUCGCUCGUGCUCCGGGGAUGUCAAGGCUAUAUUUCGCGAGGCCGGUGCCGGCGAGUCCAAGAAGCGCUACAUCGAGGUGUGGACUGGCGAUGCAUUAAUCGCGUCUAUCGAGGCCACGGAGGCUCACGACGCCUUUUACACGGAUGACUUCAUGGGCUCUAUAUCGUUCUCUCCUUCCGAGAAUUCGAUCGUGUAUCUCGCGGAGGCCAAGGCACCCAAGGCGACUGACGACGACCCUCUCGCCAAGUUCCGCUAUACACCACAUCUAGGAGAGAUGCUCACGGAUAGGAAGCGCCCAACUAUCUUCGUUGCUCGCUGGGACGUAGAAGGCGGCAAGCCGUCAAUCUAUCCCCUCGAGAUCGCCGAGGACGUCCGUGCGAAGAUCCCACAUAUGAUCAGCAACCCGCGCUUUUUCGAUGAACGCACGCUCGUUGCCAUCGGUCAUGAGCUCACGCCGUCCGGACAGCUGCCAAGCGUGCGGUGGUGUCACAAUAGGCCUACGCAGGUCUACAAGCUCUCCCUGACUACAACUCGGCCCGAAGACUCACCUUACGAAGUGUUGUCAGUCUCCGAUGCAACUAGUCUAUCGAACCCGAAGAAGGCGGCGCGCUCUCCGCGAGUGCUCAAAGGCAAAGAUGGGAAUCACGCUAGCCUAUUCUGGCUCGAGCACGAGCGCAACGGUCCUCAUGCUUCGUGCUCGCGCCUUGUUCAUUGGCGCGCAGACGGUCAUUCCGCUCGAACUCUAGUGAACUACGUCUCCGCUCCGUCGAAAGACGAGUUCAAGGGUCUCUUUGUGGGCUGGGCCUUGCCCACACGUCCAUUCGUCAAGUUCGAUGGCAAGACGUAUCUCAUCUGCACGGCGAACUCUGGAGCUCGCACAACUGUAUUGUUGAUCGACGCGGAACAUACAGGCGACGUAUAUGAUCUUACACCCGCGGACGACGCACUCUACAGCUGGAGUAUACUGGGAACAGACGAGAGGGAUAGGGUUGUCGCUGUCCGUAGCAGUCCCACUAAGCCGCAAGAGGUGGUUUUAGGAACAUUCUCGCGGAUUGGUAAAGAAGACCCUGAAGUGACUUGGUCACCACUCUGGAAGCCUGUCAUACCGUCUCACAUCAAGAAUGCUCUACACGAUCUGAAGGCCGACAUCGUUCCUCUUAUAUACCCUGUUGAAACAAUCGUUCUCGAGUCAAGCAAGCCGGACAAGGACGGGCCACGACCACUCGUCUCUAUCAUUCACGGCGGGCCUCAUGGCUCAAGCAUGACUUCCUUCUCCACAUUUGCGGCUGCGCUUGUGCUCUCGGGGUAUGCUGUCUCUCAACCCAACUAUACCGGUUCGUCCGGCUACGGCGGCGCUCAUGUCUCCGCACUCGUCGGUAAAUGCGGCUCGCUCGACGUUCAAGACUGCGUGGACAGCGUCAAUAAGCUGGCUGAGCUGGGUAAAGCUUCACUGGGUCCUGGGAAGCAAUACAUCUACGGAGGCUCCCACGGUGGCUUCCUAGGCGCCCAUCUCGUCGGCCAGCACCCUGACCUGUUCUCCGGUGCUGUGCUCUCCAAUCCCGUCAUCACCCCGCUUCCUAGCGAGAGCGACAUCCCCGACUGGUACUUCGCCGAGUUCCUCAAGGACUUACCGUCGGCAUUGGACCAGUCCGAACUGGCCCCGGCUCUCUAUGAGAAGCUCUUCCCUAUGACGCCGAUUGCACAUGUGCGGAAUGUCAAGGCGCGCGUCCGGCUGCUGCUUGGAUUGGAGGAUCAUCGCGUCAGCAACAACCAUGGAAUGGCGUUCUAUGGCGCGCUCAAGGCUCAGGGCAAGGACGUGGACAUCCUCACGUUCCCUGGGUACGCGCAUGGCAUUGAUGGUGUUGAGGAGACUGCUGUAUGGGUCAAGGCGGCCCUGGAGGUGUUUGGGUACAAGGCUCAAUGA